GCAUUUCAGUUCGUCUCCGACCUUAAACCCUACCGAUCGUAAAAUCUCCACCGACUCUCACCCAAUCAAAUGGCCUCCGUCGCGCUUCUACGGUCCCUUCGCCGUCGUGAGCUCCAAACGGCUUCCGUAUCUGCGUUUAAAUCCAUCUCCGCAAAUGGAAAGACUUCCUUGUUUGGGAAAUUGGGUUAUUUGGCGAGACCGUUCUGCUCGAGGCCGGUGGGAAAUGAUGUUAUCGGUAUUGAUUUGGGUACUACCAAUUCUUGUGUAGCGGUGAUGGAAGGAAAGACCCCUAGAGUUAUUGAGAAUGCCGAAGGAACUCGAACCACACCAUCAGUGGUUGCUAUUAAUCAAAAAGGGGAACUUAUUGUUGGAACACCCGCUAAACGUCAGGCUGUGACCAAUCCAACAAACACAUUUUUCAGUACCAAGCGUUUGAUUGGGGUACGUUAUGAUGAUCCUCAGACACAGAAAGAGAUGAAAAUGGUUCCUUUCAAGAUUGUCAAGGCACCUAAUGGUGAUGCUUGGGUUGAAGCCAAUGGACAGAAGUUUUCUCCCAGCCAGAUUGGAGCUAAUGUCCUCACCAAAAUGAAGGAAACUGCCGAAGCUUACCUUGGGAAAUCUAUCACCAAAGCUGUUGUUACCGUUCCAGCUUAUUUCAAUGAUGCUCAGCGACAAGCCACAAAGGAUGCUGGGAAAAUUGCUGGUCUUGAUGUCCAGAGGAUCAUCAACGAACCUACAGCUGCUGCACUAUCAUAUGGUAUGAACAGCAAAGAAGGUGUCAUUGCAGUGUUUGAUCUUGGUGGUGGAACCUUUGAUGUUUCUAUCUUGGAAAUCUCAAGUGGUGUUUUUGAGGUUAAAGCAACAAAUGGAAAUACCUUUUUGGGAGGAGAAGACUUUGACAACACUUUGUUGGAUUACUUGGUUGGUGAGUUCAAAAGAACAGAUAAUAUUGACUUGACUAAGGACAAGCUUGCUCUCCAGAGGCUAAGAGAAGCUGCAGAGAAGGCCAAGAUUGAGCUCUCUUCGACAACUCAGACCGAAAUCAACCUGCCUUUCAUUACAGCGGAUGCGUCGGGAGCAAAGCAUUUGAACAUAACCCUAACAAGGUCAAAGUUUGAAGCCUUGGUUGGAAAUUUGAUUGAGAAAACAAGAUGUCCAUGCCAAAACUGCCUGAAGGAUGCUGGAAUCACAAUUAAGGAAGUUGAUGAGGUUCUUCUUGUUGGUGGAAUGACCCGUGUUCCCAAAGUGCAAGAGAUAGUUGCUGAGAUCUUUGGAAAGAGUCCUUGUAAAGGUGUUAACCCGGAUGAAGCAGUUGCCAUGGGAGCUGCCAUUCAAGGAGGUAUCCUCCGUGGUGAUGUGAAGGAGUUGCUUCUUUUGGAUGUGACUCCUCUCUCAUUGGGUAUUGAAACACUUGGAGGAAUCUUCACCAAGUUGAUUCAACGAAACACCACUAUUCCCACAAAGAAGUCUCAGGUUUUCUCCACAGCUGCUGACAACCAGAUGCAAGUGGGAAUUAAAGUUCUUCAGGGAGAACGUGAGAUGGCGUCUGACAACAAAAUGCUUGGAGAAUUUGAUCUUGUUGGGAUCCCACCUGCACCAAGAGGAAUGCCACAGAUCGAAGUGACAUUCGACAUUGAUGCAAAUGGUAUUGUUACUGUCUCAGCGAAAGACAAAGCAACAUCUAAAGAGCAACAGAUCACAAUCAGAUCUUCAGGUGGUCUCUCAGACGAUGAGAUUAACCGAAUGGUCAAAGAAGCAGAGCUUAACGCACAGAAAGAUCAGGAGAAGAAGCAACUUAUCGACCUUAGGAACAGUGCUGAUACUACAAUUUACAGUGUUGAGAAGAGCUUGAGUGAAUACAGAGAGAAAAUUACAGAUGAGAUUGCCUCUGAGAUUGAAACUGCAGUGUCUGAUCUGAGGAGUGCUAUGGCCGGUGAGGAUGUUGAGGACAUCAAGGCUAAGCUUGAAGCUGCGAACAAGGCAGUGUCAAAGAUCGGAGAACACAUGUCUAAGGGAUCCGGACCAUCUGAUUCCUCUGGACCCUCUGGUGAGGGUUCAAGUGGAACUGAUCAGCAGACGCCUGAAGCUGAAUUUGAAGAGGCGAGCGGGUCGAGGAAGUGAGGUCGCUAACCGGGUUGCAUUACAGAAUUCAGGUUUUUUUUACCAAAUAAGUUUACAUGCUUAUCUCCCUCACAAAUUUGAUUAGUUUUGUGUAUUUAAAAACCUUGAUUGAGAGGUACCUCUUGAUAUCUUUGAAACCUAUUGAGAGUCUCGGAUGUAGUUCUUGGUUUCUUUGAUUGUUUUUUUUUCCAUGAAAUUUAAAGGUUAUUAUCUU